CCAACCCCACGGCAGCCGAAGCGAUCUUGAACCUCUAAUAAUUUAACUCCAGACUCAGAACCCUCGUCCCACCAUAAUCACCACUCCGAUCUCUUGAUGAGACAUCAUUAUUCGCUCUACCCGUACAUCGCUAUAUUUUCGUAGAAUCAGGGACAUCCCGCAAGCCGCCGGAAUUCUGGACUUCGUUGGGUGCAUCGUGAGGAAGUAGACAGAAACUUGGGAAGGGAUCCACGAUGGGGAUCAGUCGACGUCCGAAGGGAGAUAAAGGUGGAAAGGCACAAGAUGGUGGUCGUGCAGCGCCGUCCGGCAAGCCGAAUAUCAAGAAAGCCACAUUCGACACAACCAAGAAGAAGGAAGUGGGAGUCUCCGAUCUGACCUUGAUCAGCAAGGUCUCAAAUGAAGCUAUCAAUGAAAAUUUGAAGAAGCGAUUUGAGAAUGCAGAAAUAUACACAUACAUUGGACAUGUGCUGGUAUCGGUCAAUCCCUUCCGGGAUUUGGGGAUUUAUACCGAACAAGUUCUAGACAGCUACAGAGGCAAGAAUCGACUAGAGAUGCCCCCUCACGUCUUUGCUGUAGCCGAAUCUGCAUACUAUAACAUGAAUGCAUACAAGGACAACCAGUGUGUCAUUAUCUCCGGAGAGUCGGGAGCGGGAAAGACGGAAGCUGCGAAGCGUAUAAUGCAAUACAUUGCAAAUGUCUCAGGAGGCAGCAAUUCUUCGAUCCAGGAGACCAAGGACAUGGUUUUGGCUACGAAUCCUCUACUCGAAUCUUUCGGUAACGCAAAGACACUUCGAAACAACAACUCGUCUAGAUUUGGGAAAUACUUGCAACUGCAGUUCAACGCCCAAGGAGAACCAGUUGGUGCGGAUAUCACAAACUACCUGCUAGAGAAGUCGCGAGUAGUGGGGCAGAUCACAAAUGAGCGAAACUUCCAUAUCUUCUACCAAUUCACGAAAGGAGCCUCGAAUACUUACCGACAAUCCUACGGUAUCCAACAGCCAAAUACAUAUGCCUAUACCAGUAAAUCCAAAUGUCUGGAUGUGGAGGGUAUUGAUGAUCUUGCUGAUUGGAACGAUACACUACAAGCCAUGAAAACUAUUGGUUUAUCACAGGAUGAGCAGGAUGAAAUCUUCAGAAUGCUGGCUGCAGUGCUAUGGACUGGUAAUGUCACUUUCAAGGAAGAUAAGGAUGGUUAUGCUGAAGUUGUGGACCAAUCUGUGGUUGAUUUCUUGGCCUACCUCCUUGAAGUUGAUUCUGCAGAAGUCGUUAAGGCGAUCACUAUUCGGAUCCUCACUCCACGAAACGGCGAAGUCAUUGAGUCUCCUGCAAAUCCUGCCCAGGCUAUGGCUACCAGAGAUGCUCUUGCAAAAGCUAUCUACAAUAACCUAUUCGACUGGAUUGUGGAGCGUGUCAACGUUUCAUUGAAAGCUCGAGGCACGACAGCUAACUCGAUUGGAAUUCUUGAUAUCUAUGGUUUUGAGAUUUUCGAGAAGAACAGCUUCGAACAGCUGUGUAUCAACUAUGUCAACGAAAAGUUGCAACAGAUCUUCAUCCAGCUUACACUGAAGACCGAGCAAGAAGAAUAUGCCCGAGAACAGAUUCAGUGGACACCAAUCAAAUAUUUCGAUAACAAGAUUGUGUGUGAUCUGAUCGAAUCAGUUAGACCACCCGGCGUAUUCUCUGCUAUGAAAGAUGCAACCAAGACUGCCCACGCAGAUCCCGCUGCUUGUGACAGGACUUUCAUGCAAGCCAUCAACGGAAUGUCGAAUCCUCACUUAACUCCUCGUCAAGGCAAUUUCAUUAUCAAGCAUUAUGCUGGAGAUGUGAGCUACACGGUUGAUGGUAUCACCGACAAGAACAAGGACCAACUUCUCAAAGGACUACUUAACAUGUUUGGUCACAGUCAGAACCAAUUCCUACAUUCACUUUUCCCUCACGAAGUGGAUCAAGACAACCGUAAACAACCACCUUCGGCUGGUGACAAGAUCAAGGCAUCUGCAAAUGAUCUGGUUGCGACGCUCAUGAAGGCACAACCUUCAUACAUUCGAACCAUUAAACCCAAUGAGAACAAGUCUCCAACAGAGUAUAACGUGCCUAAUGUCAUGCAUCAGAUCAAGUACCUCGGUCUUCAGGAGAACGUCCGGAUUCGACGAGCUGGUUUCGCGUACCGUCAGACCUUUGACAAAUUUGUGGAACGAUUUUAUCUGUUAUCACCUCAAACAUCUUAUGCUGGUGACUAUACCUGGACUGGGGACGCAAAGUCAGGCGCGAAGCAGAUUCUUAAGGACACAAGUAUUCCAGCUGAAGAGUUCCAAAUGGGUGUCACAAAAGCAUUCAUUAAGGCUCCAGAAACUCUCUUUGCUCUAGAGCACAUGCGAGAUAGAUACUGGCAUAACAUGGCCAUACGAAUCCAACGGGUGUGGCGUGCUUAUCUGAGGAUUAGGGUUGAAGCUGCAACUCGAAUCCAGAGAAUGUGGAGGAAGAAGAGAGCUGGUGCUGAAUUCCUUGUUCUUCGAGAACGUGGUCACAAGGUUCUUCAAGGUCGAAAAGAACGGAGAAGAUUCAGUCUUCUCGGUUCAAGGCGAUUUAUGGGGGACUAUCUUGGCAUUGGGGCAAGUAAUGGACCAGGUUCCCGUGUCCGAAGUGCGAUCAACUUAUCAGAGCCUGUGGUCUUCUCCUGCCGUGGCGAGAUCCUGGAGACGAAGUUUGGCCGUUCGAGUAAAGCGAGCCCCCGAAUUCUGAUUCUCUCUAAGAGCAAAUUCUAUAUCGUCACGCAACAUCUGGUCCAGAAGCAGGUACAAAUUGCAAUUGAGCGGGCGAUCCCUCUCGGUGCUAUCAAAUUUGUUAGCGUUUCAAGCUGUCGGGACGACUGGUUCUCACUCGGGGUCGGUUCUCCACAAGAAGCAGAUCCUUUGUUGUGCUGCGUACUGAAGACCGAACUAUUUACCCACAUGUCUAUGUCUAUGCCAGGUGGUGGCUUCCAACUCAAAGUCGGUGACUCGAUUGAGUACGCCAAGAAGCCUGGCAAGAUGCAGCUCAUCAAGGUUGUAAAGGAUUCGACCGUUCGUGAUGACUUCUACAAGAGUCAAACGAUUCAUACGACUCAAGGAGAACCGCCAAAUUCCGCAUCACGGCCGCUACCGAAAGGUAAACCGAUCCCGGCAAAACCAUUUACCAAGGGUAGACUCAUCAGACCUGGUGGACCUGGCGGCCGUCCUUCCAGAAUGACAAAUGGGAACAGGAAUACCAAACCUGUGUCUAACAACUUUGUCUCUCCCCCUCCUGCUCAAAGCCGAAGUGUUCCUCAACCCGCAGCAAUGGCCAUCCCUUCACAUACUCGAAACACGCCUUCAAGCUCAUCCGGCAGAGCUGUCCCGCCGCCACCUCCUCCCGCAGCGCCUCCAGCAGUAGCUAGAGACCCGCAGUACCGCGUUCUUUAUGAGUUCAAUGGUCAAAGUGCAAACGAGAUUACUCUUGCAAAGGACGAACUGGUGAGCAUCGUCCAAAAAGAAAACAAUGGCUGGUGGCUAGCAAAGAAGUCCAAUGGUCAACAGGGCUGGGCUCCAUCUGCAUACCUGAAGGAAGAAGCACCCCCACCACCUGCCGCUCCCGCUCUGCGCCCAAUGCCACCCCCUCCUCCGCCAGCAGCCGCAAAAGCCAAUGGUAAUGGCCAUGGCCCAGUUGUGAGAAACAAGCCUACUCCGCCAGCUCCUCCUGCCAAACGACCAGCCGCUGGUGGUAGAAAACCAGCUCCACCUCCUGCACCACGUGAUUCUGGGAUGAGCGUGGCAACGAACGGUAGCGGAGGAGACAGUGGACGCAGUACACCAAACAAUUUUGCCGGAGGUUUGGCAGAGGCAUUGAAAGCAAGACAGAGUGCAAUGUCUAGAGGCAGAGACGAGGAAGAAGAUUGGUAGACGUGAACCAGUUGAGCAGUGAUUCGUGUUAUAUAUGAUGGAACUUCUUCGUGCUUUAAGCUUGAGGUAUGAGAGAUGGGGAGAGUUUUACGAAUGAACGAUGAUAGACGAGCUGUUAUGAUUCUGUAGUUUGUGAAAUAGGGAGGAGCAUGGCUUGAAAUUGUGGAUUUCAAGCAUAGUCUAUCAUGGGCAGGCAACCGGAGGAACGAGAUGAGAGUAAAUAGAAUUUGAAUCGACGAUUUGAAUGCGCUCUCUAUUA